AUGAUCGGAAGAUUUGUUGCAGUGGCGACUGUGGCUCUCGUUCUGUUGGUGGCCACCAGCAGUGCUCAGGAUAGAGUAGUUUGUCCAUCUCUUAACUGUCCAACGGCCUGUCGCUACGGAUACGUCCCUGAUGACAACGGAUGCCGAACGUGCGAGUGCCUGAAUGCCUGCGUGAAUUUGAAGUGUGGUGACAAUGGAACAUGUGCUGGAUUCGACAAAAAAAAUCUUGAUGCUGUGAAAUGCUUCCCUCAAGCCAAGUUGUGUUGUCCUUGUGAUAGGAUCUAUUGGCCUUAUAAUUAUGUGAAUUACGCCAAUUGUUGCCCUCUUGGCUGUAAAGCAACGUCAUGUCCGAUGGGAAUGAUCUGCUGUCCCAAUAAGUUUGGGUGCUUAAAGUUGUCAACAAUUCUUCAGCUUGUUUGCCAACCUCAACUUUCUCCGACCUCCCAUAUGAUGGGAUCUACCCACCUAGCUUUAACAUUCCAUCAUUAUAGUUGA